UCUACCCCUGAGUCUAGGUCAGGGGAAUGUAGAACUACGGUAGUUAAAGAGGGGGAGAGAAAGACAGAGAUCCAAUGGAUUUUGCCCAGUACACUUGCAAGGUUUCCAAGAAGAUCCAGCAGGACAAGGAGAGAGGAGAUGCGGAAGGGGUAGCAUGGUCCAUUCGGGUUGGAUGUACCAAAAUAAGUGACCACAAAGAGCGAUGUGGCUCUUGGGAACCGGGCAGGGAUUUCACACAAGACCGCUGUUGUGUAGGGAGAGAGCGGCGGACAUCUAGGUGAUGCAUGCGGGGUCAGUGAUGCACCAAGACGAGUGUGGUGGAUUCCAGCAAUCCGCUGCUGCAGAGAGCGAAGCCCGCUAGCUUACCGCCCGCCGAGAUGGCGCAUGGAUAGCGGAUCCCUUCAUGCUGCAAAACAUGACCAAGCGUUUAUAACAAAACCGGCAGUUUGGGAGCUAAACUAAGGAAUUCGAUGCUUGCACUAGCAGGAAGAAUACAAACGCGCAUUUCCAUUGAGACUCCGAGCCUUCUGGAUGAGGAAGGAUGCCAUCCCCAUAACACCUAUCAUACAUAGCUAACGGAGAGGGCCAGCUCGCGUUUUUUUCACCAUACUAGAUUUGUUUGAGUAGGCCGGUUGUGAUUCGUGAACGACAAGCUGUAACGAUGUUGGUGAGAUGCCACCGGAGCAAGCUGUCGGUGUGGGCCGUUCUGUGUGUGCUCGUGUUAUGUUGGCUCUACAUUUUCCCAGUGUACAGACUCCGGAGCGACAAGGAGAUAGUUGAUGAAGUGCUGCGGCAGGGACAAGUAUGGCAGAGGAACCAGACGGACAUCGAUCUGUUCAGGAAGCUGCUUUCAGAGUGCUGUGACCCAAGGAGAAUGUUUGCGGUGACCAAGCAGAAUUCACCUAUGGGGAAGGUCCUGUGGUACGACGGAGAGUUUUACCACUCACACACAGUCAACAAUGAGACCUACUCUCUCUUUGUGCAGGAGACACCUCUUCAGCAUCCCCUCAAAAAGUGUUCGGUGGUGGGCAAUGGAGGGGUCCUGAAGCACAGCGGCUGUGGGAAGGACAUUGACCAGGCUGACUUUGUCAUGCGGUGCAACCUUCCACCACUGUCUAGGGAGUAUGUUGAGGAUGUGGGGACCAGAACUAACCUGGUGACAGCCAACCCCAGCAUCAUUGAGAAGAGGUUCCAGAACCUUCUUUGGUCACGGAAAAGCUUUGUGGAGAGCAUGAAGGCCUACGGCUCCAGCUACAUUUACAUGCCAGCCUUCUCCAUGAAGCCGGGCACCGACCCCUCCCUGCGGGCACACUACGCCCUUGCCGACACCUCGUCCAACCUCACCAUGCUGUUUGCCAACCCCGAGUUUCUCAGGACCGUGGGAAAGUUCUGGAAGGGUCGCGGAGUGCAUGCCAAGCGCCUGUCCACAGGCCUCUUCCUGGUCAGCCUGGCGCUGGGGCUGUGUGAGGAGGUGACGGCCUACGGCUUCUGGCCGUUCAGCGUUGGGCUCGACGAGCAGCCCGUCAGCCACCACUACUACGAUAACGUGCUGCCGUUCAGCGGGUUCCACGCCAUGCCUGAGGAGUUUGUCCAGCUCUGGCAGUUGCACAAGAGCGGCACACUGCGUAUGAGGGUGGGACACUGCCCACCUCGGGAAGGGGCUAUAUAAGACACAAGGGACCAAGGGACCCUCCCCUAAUAAACCUUCCCUUCCUUUCGCUUACAACCCACCAGCCCCCUGCGAUCGUCCCCAGCAAACCACCGCAAACCUUCACCUCUUUCUCCACCAUUAGCAUGAGAAUGUAACCCAUGGUUACCCACCCAGCCGAGAAAGCACCCACACACCCUCUCUCUCUAUCCUGUCCUCCAUCCACUCUCACUAUGUGUGUGUUUGUGUGCGUGCGUGCGUGUGUGUUUGUGUGCGUGUGUGUGCGUGCGUGUGUGCAGAGAGGAGGUCUGCUAACUCUCAGCUGGGGCUGGAGGAUUCUUUAUAUGUUGACUACUCAAUGUGACAUAGGGAGCAGCUGGGCCCAAUGCCCCCACUGUGUCUUUGUUAAACAGAGACAGAAGGAACAAUCCUAACCAAGAGGUUUUCAUACAAGUCUUAAGAGAACAGACUGAAAGACUUGAAACACGGAAGGAAAAAGGAAAGGAGGAACCAAGAUGUCCUGGUACUAGGCUAUGAGUGUCCUGGUACUAGGCUAUGAGUGUCCUGGUACUAGGCUAUGAGUGUCCUGGUACCUAGGUGUCCUGGUACUUGGGUUGUAUGAGAGCGGACUAAAAGGGAGAAUGAAAGAUGUCUUGGUACCUUGCUCGUUCGAAGGAGUUUGUUAUUUUUUGUCUUGAACAAAAACUCUUGAUGGACAUCUUAAGCAACCAAUCAGCAUUGAGGUUCAAAGUAGGAUCCAAUAGAAAAGGAGAGUGAAGCACGAUAUCGAGCUCCUAGAAUGUUCCAUUUUACAGCCAAGCUGAACAGAUCCCUGUUCACUAAAAGGGAAGCCAAGAACAUUGCAGUGUUUGAUAUAUCCGUAUGUUAAUUUAUAUUUGUUAAUCAUGACUUUAAUGAUACAUGUUUUUGAUUUUAUAUAGGUUGAUGUUCUACGUUGAUUUAGUUAUGUUACGAUUGAGAGCUGAGUAUGCAUUUAAAUCUUUUCACAAAAAUCCACUGCAGAGAAAAAGAUGUGAGCUUUACAAAUCAUUUACAUUUUAGUCAUUUAGCAGAUGCUCUUGUCCAGAGCGACUUACAGUAGUGAAUGCAUACAUUUCAUACAUUUUUUCUCCGUACUGGUCCCCCGUGGGAAUCGAACCCACAACGCUGGCGUUGCAAACACCAUGCUCUACCAACUGAGCCACACGGGACCCAUCAUGACCUCAUCUGUGUGUGUUCAUUGAGAGGUUGUGGCCUUGAAGGUUCACCCCCCAUUCACGCUACGAGUGCUUAUUGGUAUGGUCCACUUACAAACACACUCCAUUGACAAGAGACUGGGAGCUACCAUAUCUUUCAUUCUGUAGGGGCUGUUAAAAAGUGUAUUGACUGAGUGAUGACAACACUGCAUGUUUCUGUUCAGGUGCGGGACACCUGCUCACAUUGAACUUGAACAUUCAUACUCUUCUUCAUCACCAUGGUCAUCGCCAUCAUCAGUGUGCGUCUGAAUGUCUGGGCAGUGACCUGAACUUUGCUGUCCUGCAUUUAUUUCUAGGUGGUUUUUUUCUGUCAUUCAUAACAGGGUUGGGAUCAAUUCCAUUUCAACUCAGUCAAUUCAGGAAGUAAACUGAUAUUCCAAUUGAAAUGGAAUUGAAUCCAACCCUGAUCCGUGUACACAUACAAGGGAAUGAACAUAUGAUGUGUAGUAGCUGCUAGUUCUUCUGUCCUUCUGUCAUCAUCACCCAACAGUUGAGACAGUGUAAGAGCCAGCCCUUUUGGUUUUACAUGAACUCCUGUCAUGAAUUUUGGAAUGAUACGUUUAAAUGUUGUUACUGUCAUUGAUAUUUUGGUUGUGCAAAUGUGACCAGUACCAUAUCAUGUCAUGGGCCAAUCUAGGUCUGCAUGGAUCAUGCAUGGAGUCUAGCACCAACAUUUAAACAACGUUUGGACUAACCUACAGGUACAGAACAAAUCAUGUGAAUUAUGAGGUUUCUUCAAACCCAUGACCUAUUCCUCAUAUCUACUGUAUAAUAAAAGGUUUUUGUGCCUUCAGAAUUCACCAAGGCAAAUGGAAAUGCUAGACAUUACUGUAUGCUAUCUUUACAUUUUCCCUUGUCACAAUCGCAAUGUGACACUGCGAUAUCAUAGAAUAAUAUAGUACUACAGUAGAGAGGAUGAUGUAGGGAGGUGGUAAUAAAGUAGCAUUAAUUAUUUGAGCCAUUUGAAUGUUUGAAGUAUUUCAAGGGUGCAUCUGAAAUGGCACCCUAAUCCCUAUGUAGUGUAUUACUUAUGACCAUCACCCAUAGGGUGCACUACAUCGGGAAUAGGGUACCAUUGACCCCCUUGACCUCUAUAUGAAAACCAUGUGACUAAGGAAACAAGUCCAGAGCCUUAGAUUGAGCUGGUUGUUGUUGGACCAAGUCAGUUAAUGAUAAACCAAACCUGUUUAAAGUCUCUUCAUUGCCAGUCCUGAUGCAAACUUGUGCUCUCUUCCAACCAGGAAUUGAACUGUUGAUCAUUUUUAAAAACGAAUGCGAUUAAAUUGAUGCCAGGUAUUUGCACCUUCGGGCCACUUUAUUUGGAUAGUCUGGAUAGUCCAUCUGUAGAUGGUCUUACUAUCAACAAACUAUCUGUUGAGAAGCAACUGAUUGCUAAGGUUGGGGUAAAGGUUAGGUCUAGGGUAAGGCUUAGUAGAUAGUUAGUUGACAUGUUAUCCAAAUAAAGUGUUCUCACCAUCUGGUUCCUCUGCCCAGUAUUGUGAAUGAGAAAUAUUUUACUGUGUCAUUUGCAAUAAGCAUGACUGUGACUCUGUAUGUGUUUUGGGGUUUUGACUUUCAAACUCAUUCUGUCCAUUAUUUUGUGAAGCGCCAUAUUGGGUUGAUUAUGCCCAAAAAGAAAUAGCGCAAAUUGUACCUCAAUAUCGGUUUUGCUGGCAAUCCCUUUUAGCCUUAGUAUGGGUACCAGUCAUUUUCCAAAUGACAGAAGUGGCAAGGAGUGGAAUGUUAGCUAAAAAUACUGGUACCCAGUCUAUAUUAGCCUACUCUGGGGUUGAAUGGUGACGUAAUGCAAACACAAUGUGACGUUCUCAGCUACACAGUGUGUGUGAGCGAAUCCUACUUACUGUGUCAUGAAUAAGAUCUAGUUAACGAGGGCUUCUGCACAGUGGUACUUCUGAAUCUUUCCUACGUAUAUUUAGAUGUGUUUUUAGUGUAUGCCAUUACCAGGUUCAUUUGGACAAAAGAUAUAAAUGUGUUUUCUUUGCUUUGCCUUGCCUUGAAUUUGUUUUUGAAAAAUACUUUGGAAAGGAAACAAGCAGUGAGGUUCUUACAUUAUUAAGCUGUUAAUGUAUAUUCAAAACUUGUGUCAAUCACCUUACGUCAGCUCAAUGCUGUUUUUGGCGAGAGUACCCUGCCUGAGCAUGUUCGAAUACAGGAAGUCAAAAUUAAGGACUGAAAUGUGUUUUAUGUGCCACCUGGAUUAUGCCAAGAAAAUCAUUGCAUCCAAAUAAGAGGUAAACACUGGUAUCCAAUAAAGAAGGUAAUAAUAUUGAA